ACCGUGAGUUGGAACUGACUCGACAACAUCUAACAACAACAACUUGUUUAAUCCAUCUGGAAUUUUGGUGAGAAGUAUAAGAGUAUAUUAAGUAGGAUUCCAGUUUCACUAAGAAAAGUAACCUAUGUCUAUAUCAAAUAUAUAUAUGCAUAUAAAUUUCUAAAAUAGAAGGAAAUAAACCAAAAUGUUUGCAGUGAUUAACUCUGACAAGAUUAGGAAUUUUUAAUUUUUUUCUUCAUUCUAUUUUGUGUAUUUUCAGGGCUUUCUACAUUGGAUAUAAUUUAUAGGUAUAGUCAGGUAAACAAAAAUUUGGAGACGUUCACUCUGAAUUUAUAAUGAUGACUAAACCUCAAUUUAUAAUCCCAUUUUAAGAAAGUACUGUUAAUUACAUGGAUGCUUUCUUUUUUGCAGUUUAAAUUUGAGGUUACUUAUUCAGUUUUUUUCUGAUUCUUUCCCAAGGUAGAGCAUAUGUACUGUUAGUGGACGACAAGAAGCAUAAAUCCCUUUAGUUGGAGGAAACCAGAUAGAUUUAAUAAAGAUAAUUUGUAACUUGCUGUGAAUUCUUGAAGUCCAAAGGACUACUCUGUUUUCAUAGUACUGUUGAAAAAGCCACGAAACCCUAUUCCCUGAGCCAGUACAAAUUUCUUGUUACUGUAUUUCGGCUUUACUGUUCCUUGGCAUUACUUUGUUGUCUUUUAACUGCAAGAACAUUUUACACACAACAUAUUAAACUUGUUCCCAUUUUCAUUAAGUUGCAGUCCUACUUCAUUCAGUCCAACCUUUUGCCUUUUACUCUACAGCUAAGAUUGAGGACUCUUGUUUUACUAAUGAUUAUUGUCUCAGAACAAAAUGAUCAUAAUGUUAUUGAUUUUAUUUGGCGAUAUUCUACUAUCAGAACAAUUCAUUAAAUAAAUCAGUGAAACUAAGUACACUGAGUACAUUUCAAAUAUCAAAAUUUAUAAAUAAGUCAUGAAACAAUAUUUAUUAAAAAUAAAGUUGUUAAACAUACACUAAAAAAUACACUUACAAAAAUGUAAUUGUUAAAUAUAUAUUAUCAUUCUAAUAGAAUUAGUAACAAAAAUGAAGUAUUAUUUAAAAAGAACUAAAUCAUCUACAAAUAAAGACAUAAGAAUGAAAACUUACAAUAUUAUUUUUUAUCUUAAUGCAAUUUUUAAAAUCCAAGUUUAUCCAUGGUAUCGUUGUUUAAAUUGCAUGUAUAUUUUUGUGCACAUUUUUCCAGCUUUUGAUAAGGCUUUUUUUUUUUUACUUCAUACGAGUAAAGGUGAAGAGACAGCUGUAAGCCAAUUCUAAGCAUUUUCCUGGAACUCCUUUAUCUUCCAAUAAUCUCAGUUUUGGUAAUUCUUUUUGGUAACUUUUGUUAAACAACAUUGUUUUUGUUUUUUUGCAGGGACAGCAGUCUUUUUCUUGGUAGCAAGCUGUAGAUUUUGUUUCAAAGAAAGCAUCUUCAUCUUCUCUAGUUUCAUCAUGUAUAGAUGGGGAUUCCGAUGCAGAAAGGAGUCACACCAGCAGCUCCGGUUCAUACUAAUAAUGAAGAUCCAGCCACCCAAGGGAAUCUGGGAUUUAUCCAUGCAUUUGUUGCUGCUAUAUCAGUUAUCAUUGUAUCUGAACUGGGGGACAAGACAUUCUUUAUAGCCGCCAUUAUGGCAAUGCGCUAUAACCGUCUGACAGUGUUGGCUGGUGCUAUGCUCGCCUUAGGCCUAAUGACAUGCUUAUCAGUGUUAUUUGGCUAUGCCACCACAGUCAUCCCCAGGGUGUAUACGUACUAUGUUUCAACUGCAUUGUUUGCCAUUUUUGGCAUUCGAAUGCUUCGAGAAGGCUUAAAGAUGAGUCCAGAUGAGGGUCAAGAGGAACUAGAAGAAGUUCAAGCAGAAAUAAAGAAGAAAGAUGAAGAACUUCAACGAACUAAACUCUUAAAUGGACCAGGAGAUGUUGAAACGGGUACAAGCACAACGAUACCUCAGAAAAAGUGGUUGCAUUUUAUUUCACCUAUCUUUGUUCAGGCUCUUACAUUAACAUUCUUAGCAGAAUGGGGUGAUCGCUCUCAACUAACUACAAUCGUAUUGGCAGCUAGAGAGGAUCCCUGCGGUGUAGCAGUGGGUGGAACAGUGGGGCACUGCUUAUGCACUGGGCUGGCAGUCAUUGGAGGAAGAAUGAUAGCACAAAAAAUCUCUGUCAGAACUGUGACAAUCAUAGGAGGCAUCGUUUUUUUGGCGUUUGCAUUUUCUGCACUAUUUAUAAGUCCUGAUUCUGGUUUUUAACAGCUAUUUGUUCAUUUGUAUUUAGUUGAAGAUAGGUAACUUUUGUCUUUCUGUACAUAGUGUACACUAUAACUAAAAAUGAUAGAAAACACUGUAUUUUGUAGCAAUGAUUUGUGAGUUUGAACCAUUUAAUGAGAGUAUUAGGUCCAAAAGAGAUAAUCAUUACUAUAUGCAACAUGGAUUUUUAAAAGAAACUUGAUCUCUAAGUGUGGAUUUUUCUUUUCUCCAGCAUUAUUAUGUUAAUAUGGUCUCCAUUGUUUCUGUACAUGCAGAACCAUUGUGUGGUAGGGUAUACUACUUGAUUUUCUUUCAGCACUGACCCCUUUAUAAAGAAUAUAAAUUUCCUCCUGGAUCACCAUGGUGUUUUAAGAUGUUUACCUUAAAAUUUUUCUUGAGGGAAGAAUGAAUAUCUUUUAAAACAUUUCCUCAAGCUAGUAAGCAGUUUAAUCAAGUCCUUUCAAAAUUAGGUUAUUU